ACAAUCUGAGCUCGUGGCCAUCUUGCUUGUGUUUGCUCCGGAGGUGAAAGGGAAGGUGGACGAAUCGGGAGAAACGGUGCUUUUUCGGUAUACGUCCUCAGGAAGAACUUAUUUGUGUGUCUCUGUGGCUUUCCUCCUCAAUUUCAGGGGAUUUAAAACCAGCUAGUUCGAAGCUACGAUAACGACUAGCCGAGCUAACUCUGUGUUCGGUCCCCGUGGCGAGGUUCCCUACAGGGUUGUUAUCCCGAUUUGCACUCUGAUACUGGCUCACGCUAGCAGACGUUGUUUCAUUUCUAUUUCGAUUAAACGUCACAUUUAGUAAAGUGGUUUGACUAAGAGAUGAGUGGAAGGUGUUGUACAUAAAGAGUGUUUGGAGAGACUUGACCGGCAGUUAACUGAUGCUACGGCUGCAAUUAAUCCUGAUUGGGAUGUUUGCUAAAUCAGUGCAGGUUCAUGACGGAGGCCGCUGAGAGCCGCUCUGAUUUUUCCCAGGUCAGGUCAUACAUACCAGGGACAGUCUUUUAAUCUCAACCGGAAGCGUUGUCGGUUAAUAUUAACGAAGAAACCUGAAAGUGGUCUUUUUUAGUCUGUGGGUCAAUGCUUUUGCUCUGACCGGGCCUAAUAUUCGGACUGUCGGGUGUUUAGACCGGGGCAUUGUGGCGGUUCUGCAAAGCCAGCGUAGUUUAAAAGGACAAUAUUAAUCCAGGAUCUCCACGGCAUUAUCGGCGAAUCACAGGAUCCACUAUGGGACCAGCGACUAAACUGGCCUUCAGCGUUUUUCUCAUCUCCUGCUCCUCAGCUGGCCUCGGCGGACCCUUUAGGAAGCGGCUCCAUUGUUUACACUCGGGAUUGGCUGUUAGCUGUAAACCAUGGCGAGUUUCUCCACACUAAAAGGCCAGAGAUUCCAGCAGAGAUACGGAGAAAACGACGAUGCUUCAGAGCUGGAGUGAAGCGCCGGGAGAGGAAACUGAGGUGCCAUCCUUGGCCGUUCAGACACUCAGAAGUGUGUUCACUACAACUACAGCCCUUCAUCCUCCUCAUUACCUUUAGUGGCAGAGGGUCAGGUGAACCCUAGCGGAGUGGUAACUUGCACCGGAGAGAAAGACAAGAGGUUGCACUGCUUUGCCACCUGGAAGAACAUGUCAGGAGUAGUUCAAGUGGUGAAACAGGGUUGCUGGCUCGAUGAUGUUAACUGCUACGACAGGUAAUGGUGAUAGUUCUGGUGUCAAUCAUAGUACAUUCACUGCUUGACUGGACAACAGUACUGGGGCAGAUAUAAACACAGACAUAAAACGCAUGUUGAUCACAUUCACUCAUCUUCUGUUUGCAAUGUACUGCGAGUAUUGAUAGACCUUAAAUUCAGCUGAGGUUCUAUAAGUCAGUAGUAGUCAGCAGAGCAUGAUCCUGCAAAUAAAAAUGUGGAGUUUACAGGUGUGCCUGUCUGUUUAGAAACCUCCAGAGGAAGCGUAAAGGCAGAUUUGAGAAAAGUGAAGAAAGGGGAGCCAUAAACAUGUGUGUCAAAGAUGUGUGCUGCUAAGAGGACUUUGAUGUUUAUUCAGGUCAAUCCAUGGCGUGUAAUGUUGGUGAGUCUGCAGUGACUGCUACCUGGGCAUUGGCCAGCUAGAAUAUGCAUCUAAAUAACAGGGCUAUGGAAUUCCGGGCGUGGGUUAUCAUAUAGAAGGAAGUGUUUACACGGAGCAGAAGACACUAUGGUAUAGCUGGUCUUCUCCAUUCCAGCAUGCAUUAAACUCUGAGCUGGUUCCUUCUCUAGUUCUCCACUUCUUAAUAAGAACAUCCCAUGACAUGGUCAGACAAUAUGGAAACACUUAGUGUUGCAGGCUGAGGCGGAUCAAUUAUCCUUUCAGUUCACUGUGUUUCAGCCUGUUGAAAUUAAGGCAGCAUUAGUUUGUAUUAUUAAUAGUCAUUGUUGAACAAAAUUCAGUCAGCAUCUGAUUUUAAACCUGCCUUUGUUUCCUACUUGGCUUGUGGAGUCAUGUCACUGCAGUUUAGGUUAAAGACAGAAGCCCCAAUAUGUUAUUCAGUCUGAAGUCGUCAUACUUUCUGACCUUGCAGGUCCUUACUCUGAACACCUGUCUGAGGCUCCUCCACCACCUACUGCUGUGUUGUAUUACAGCAGAAUGUUUCCUGUUUCAACAUGUUGUUGAACCCAUUUACCCGCAGCUCCACUGUCUCAGAUACAAGAGCUAUUUACAUGACCUAUUGACUGCUUGACUCUGAAUAUGAGCAAAGUUUACCACAACCCCAGUUGUGCAGCAUCAACAAACAAGCAAGCACCUUUUCACUCCAUCUGCUUCUGACAGUACAAUAAUUCUCGUCUUCCUUAAACUCCAAUGUAGCAAGGACAUCCAGCAUCUAAGUCUUUAAGCACAUUAAAGGUCCUUUGCACGUGCAAAAUCCAUAUUUUGGGCAUUCGGGUACAUUUAUAUGACUCCCUGGUUCAUGCUAACACAGUUAGAAGUACACUUCCUACUUAUUUCAUUCAUUUCAUUUCGCUACUUUAUCCAAUCAGGGCUAAGUUCGGCCUGUUUCAAAUUUACAUAAUAGUCUACGUCGACUGUUUAAGACCACUCACAGAACCACUUUCGUUCCUGCCCAGACAAACCCGGACACCAAAACCUUCAAGCAACAUUGCGUUUUAGUCACUCACUGUGAUACGAACUGACAUGGUGCCAGUAGGGUUCAGAAAGUGCUCCGUUGUUGGUUGUUUCAACCAGCAUCGAAGCCUUUUCAUUUUGCCAUUGAAGCAAGACAGGAGGACUUUAUGGAUUACUUUUAUUGUAAAUGGACCGGUGUCUACACCUCUGUCUAAAUGCUUGCAAGUUCACAUGUGGACACCAUUUCACCUUCAAUUGCUUCAACUUCAAACCCAGCAUUGAAUAUACCCUCGUUUUUGAAGAAGGGCUGUUUCUGCAAGAAGUGAUUCACUUGCUGCUUCCCCAACUGUAAGUACAUGCUUGAUACUUAUUUUAUGUAUGUACUUCAGAAGUUUCUUUGUUUAUAAUCUAACUACCCUCCUUUGUGAGGAAUGCUAAUGGCUAGAACAGUUGAUGCUAACAGCUACAGUGACAGUGAGACAGUGUGGCAAGGUGCUGCAGUACAAUUUGGAUUAAUCCAAGCCUCCGCAGAAUUUGUCUGGUUCGAAUUGUGAGAUAUGGCACCGAGGUCAUUCACCUCAGCUCACAUUUUAGCUGCUAGUGCCAUGUUAGCUGCUAGCAUUAGCAGCUAGCGCUAGCUCACCACAUGAUGUUCAGUACAGCUUGAAUUGGCUACAACAGUAAGAGUUAUAAGAUGUGUUUCUAAUUACUACAGAGCCUGUCACGUGAAUGUCUUAGACCUGUGAAUUUGGGUUAUGGAAAGUUCUAUCAAAUUUUAACAAGUAUGAUGUUGCUGUCUUUUCGUAAGUGUUGCUUAUUUAGUCAGCUAGCUGUAAAUGUGACAUUUUUUUUUAUACAGGCUUGUGCAUCUCAGCUACCAUGUUGCUUCUCAAACUGAGACACCAUUACGGGCUGUGGGCACACAGCUACCUUGCAGAAGAGCUGUUGCUCACCUCAAAGCAAAGAAGCGAAUGUGUGGAGAAGAAGGAUGGUCCUGAAGUUUUUUUCUGCUGCUGUGAAGGAAGUUUGUGUAACGACAAGUUAUUCUAUGUCCCUGACAGCAGUGGCCAUCAGCAGAUACCAACAACAAACAAACCAGUAAUAUGGAAGCCUCCAGUGCUAACCACUUCGAUGUACUCACUGGUUCCCAUAAUGGCUGUCACCGUUAUCAUUCUCUUCUCCUUCUGGAUGUACCGACACCACAAACUGGCCUACCCUCCUGUUCUGGUGCCCACACAGGACCCUGGUCCUCUUCCCCCAAGCCCUCCACUGGGCCAAAAGUCUCUACAGCUGCUGGAGAUCAAGGCCAGGGGGCGCUUCGGCUGCGUAUGGAAGGCUCAGCUGCUCCGAGAAAACGUGGCUGUGAAAAUCUUCCCCAUUCAGGAUAAGCAGUCAUGGCAGAACGAGUAUGAGAUCUACAGCCUGAACGGGAUGAGUCAUGAAAACCUGCUGCAGUUCAUAGGAGCUGAGAAGCGAGGAACGAACAUGGAAGCAGAACUGUGGCUCAUCACGGCCUACCAUAAUAAGGGCUCUCUGACAGACUACCUGAAAGCCAAUGUUCUGUCUUGGUCAGACCUUUGUUUAAUUGCACAAUCAAUGUCUCGAGGUCUUGCCUACCUUCACGAAGACAUACCUGGUCACAAGGAUGGUCACAAACCCGCUAUUGCACACAGGGACUUUAAGAGUAAGAACGUUCUACUGAAGUCUGACCUGAGCGCCUGCAUCGCUGACUUUGGCCUCGCUUUCAGGUUUGAGGCUGGAAAAUCUCCAGGAUACACACAUGGACAGGUGGGGACCAGGAGGUACAUGGCCCCAGAGGUCCUGGAGGGCGCCAUCAACUUCCAGAGAGAUGCCUUCUUAAGGAUUGACAUGUACUCACUGGGUCUGGUUCUGUGGGAACUUGUGUCCCGCUGCAAAGCUGCAGAUGGUCCUGUAGAUGAGUACCUGCUUCCGUUUGAAGAAGAGGUUGGUCAGCACCCAUCUUUGGAAGACAUGCAGGAUGUGGUUGUCCACAAGAAGCUGAGACCAAUUCUUAGAGAGUGCUGGCAGAAACAUGCAGGCCUAACGCUGCUGUGUGAGACAAUAGAGGAGUGCUGGGACCACGAGGCUGAGGCCCGGCUGUCCGCUGGCUGCGUGACAGAGCGUGUUGUACAGAUGCAGAGACAGACCAGCAUCACAGCAACCGACGACAUUGUUACAGUUGUUACCAUGGUAACAAACAUGGACUAUCCUCCUAAAGAGUCAAGUCUAUGAUAAAGAUCGAUUUUGGAACAGAUCAAGCAUUUCCUCUGGGAGUGCAGAGAUCCCGAGAUCAAGAAAUCAGGUGACCUGCGGCUACAAAUGAGCCUUAGACUGAGUGACUCUUUACUCUGGACUAUACAACAAGGUGGAGAAUCUCCCUCUCCUCAUCACUUCCAGCUUUUAUUACAAAAUAAGAUGUAAAUAUUUUUCACAUUGUUAUCAGAAUAAAGUGUGAUUUUUAGUAAAAAAAAUUAUUUAAUGUGAACGAUGCAAUGCCAAUAGGUUUUUGAUGGACAGACAGACACAAACACACACACAUACAUAGAGGUGUUUCAUGGUGAGAGCGUGAUUAUCAGAUCAAACACACCCACAGGACAUUUGUUGUGUAACAUCUGACAAACAGUUAAUGCUGAGACUAAGAAAUAAAGACAAAUGGAAGUGACCAUAAAAGCAGACGCAGAUUUAAACUGCUGUCAUUCAUUACCAUCAGCACCAGAUGCAGCACCUAAUUUGUCAUUAAAGUGAAUGAGCUGAUCAGUCUGCUGAUUAAAUUGUUAAUAUAAUUUUUCAUUGUGUUCUGUAUGUGUUUCAGUCUGGGUUUAUUGUCUGGUCUAAAAGACAGUGGAGUCUGUUAAAUCCAUUUAGUUAUUGAACAGUUUCUUUUUGAACCAAACCAGUAAAUCAAUGAUCAUUCAGCAGUUGUGAGUUGUUUAGUUAAACUCAACUUCCCAGAAUAUAAAAACACAUUUGCUUCAUUCUGCCGUGAAGAUGUAUUUAUUUGUUUUGUUUGGGAUUCUUUAUUUUUAUUUGGUUCACUGUUUUUUUUCCUAUUUGUGAAUGUGAUUGUGUGGACACACUUCAUCAGCAAAGGAAAUUAUUUGACUUUGUUUAUUGCAUGAGAAAGGAAACAUGUUAUGAGCCGAAGGAUAAAGCUGCUGAUCAAUUUUUUAUAAGGAAGAUGAAUGAAAGCAGAAGCAUUAU